GCACCACAGCACUAUUUCAGCACUUGUGAACCUUUCCUCUUGGAUGGUGCUCCCAUAUGGUGACUGGGGGCUUGAACCCAAUUCCUCACACACAGUAAUAAAUACACUAUCUCUACCUAGUGUGCUAUAUCUACUGUCCACUGCAGGCAGCUCUGAGAAGGUGGUCACCUCCAGCCCAGGAAAGACAUCACUAUGGCCCUCCUAAUUCACUUGCUGGUCUGCACCUUUGGGAUGGGAUCCUGGGUGGCCAUCAAUGGGCUCUGGGUGGAGCUGCCCCUGCUGGUGGCAGAGCUGCCUGAGGGUUGGUACCUGCCAUCCUAUCUCACAGUGGUCAUCCAACUGGCCAACAUUGGUCCCCUCCUGGUCACCCUGCUCCAUCACUUCCAGCCUGGAUGCCUUCCAGAGGUGCCUAUCAUCUUUGCUGUGCUGGGUGUGGGCACCAUUGCCUGUACCCUCUUUGCUUUCCUCUGGAAUGUCACCUCCUGGGUACUGGGUGGCCAUCACAGCAUCGCCUUCUUGGCCCUCACGUUUUUCCUGGCCCUAGUAGACUGCACUUCUUCUGUCACCUUCCUGCCCUUCAUGAGUCGACUGUCCGCCUACUACCUCACCACCUACUUUGUGGGUGAAGGACUCAGUGGUCUGAUACCCGCCCUGGUGGCUCUCGCCCAAGGCUCAGGUCUCACCACCUGUGUCAGCAUCAACAAGACAUCAGACAACACCUCAAGUUCUGAUACCACCAUGAAGACCUACAUCCCACAGGGAGUCAACAGCACUUUGGAAUUUGACUUCACUGGGACAGAGUCCUCCAUGGAGAGCCACUACCUCCCCCCCAACUUCUCGCCCUUCAUCUUCUUCCUCCUGCUCUCCUUCAUGAUGGUCUGCUGCCUCGUCGCUUUCUUUCUCCUCCAGCGUCAACCCAGGAAUUGGGAAACUUCCAUAGAAGACCUGCUUACUUCUCAGGUUACCCUGCAUUCCAUCCGGCCCCGGGAAGACAAUGAUCUGGGCCCCCCAGGAUCAGCAGACAGCAUUAAGGGCCAGGAGCAUCUAGAAGAAAAAGUGGCCACCCACCACCCAGCCCAACUGACCUUCAUCUACAUCCUGGUUGCCUUUGUGAACGCGCUCACCAACGGUGUGCUGCCCUCCGUGCAGACCUACUCCUGCCUAUCCUAUGGGCCCAUUGCCUACCACCUGUCUGCCACUCUCAGCUCCAUGGCCAACCCUCUUGCCUGCUUCCUCGCCAUGUUCUUGCCUAAGAGGUCCUUGCCAUUCCUGGGGGGCAUCACAGUGCUUGGGACCAGCUUUGGGGCUUACAACAUGGCAAUGGCAGUGAUGAGCCCCUGUCCCCUCAUGCAAGGCUACUGGAUUGGAGAAGUCCUCAUUGUGAUUUCAUGGAUACUGUUCAAUGGCUGUCUGAGCUAUGUCAAAGUGAUGCUGGGAGUGAUCCUGCGUGACCUGAGCCGCAGUGCCCUCUUGUGGUGCGGAGCGGCAGUGCAGCUGGGCUCACUGCUUGGAGCGCUUCUAAUGUUCCCGCUGGUCAACGUGUUCAGGCUCUUCUCUUCUGCUGAUUUAUGCAACCUGCAUUGUUUGGCCUAGGCCAACUAUAAGAGCAAGGUCCCAUAUAACGCGUCUUUGGUGACCUGCAGAAGCAAAGCACACAUGCCCAACUUCACCUGCAAGUAGUGGGGAGCCUGAAGGCUGAGUCUGAGUACUUGCACCAUCAUAACACUGCCCUCUGGAGGGCGGGGAAUGCCUCAGGCAUACCUCAGCAUUAUCCUAUCCUAAUGCUGUGUCACUGUGUCUGCAAUUCUACCACCUCAGAAUUUCUUUCUUUGGAUUUGGAGUAAUAAGUGAUACAGCAUCUACCUGGGUGCUGACCCAGGGUGCUAGAGUGAAAACAGCUGGGAAAGUGAGCUGGUCCUGACAAACUGUGUGACCUUGGGAAGGCCACUUGGUUCUCUGUGCCUCUGUCUCCUCAUCCAUAAUAUGGGAGUUCUAACAAAGAGCACCCAUCUCAUAGGCUUGGCUCUGAAUGAAAAAGAGAAACAUCCAGUGUGAAGCAAGCUCUCCUGGACCAUUUUCCAAUCUGCUGUCCAACACUGACAACAAAAAUGACAAUCAGCACAGAAUAGAAGUAACCUUAGAGGUUGAGAGAUGACCCAGUCACUUAGGCCUUUUCUGCUGUAAUCAAAGAGGAGCUUGCUGGAAGAUAGACACCUACCUAAUGGUGGAAUUUUGGGCAUGGUGACUUCCCAAGUCACAGUACAGACAGACACCGUACCCCACACUUCGUCCUCUCAUCCUUCUUUGUGUUCAGUGCUCUGCCCUUCUGUGUGAGUGUCUUCCUGGGAGGAACAGGGAAAUGAUGGAAGAGGAGGGGCUAUCCCAAACCUCCAGAAUUGAGUCCCAUCACCCACCACCUUGUCAUGAACUGGGCACUGAGGAUCCUGGGGGGAGGGGCAGGGUGGGGAGGAGUGCAUUUGGCAACUGAUUAUAGUUUUGUUUAUCUUUAUGUUUUACAUCUUUUUAAUAAAGAAAUUCCCCACUUUU